AUGGAGGCUCUCCCAUGGCUUCUCUUUCUCCUGCUCCAGGAGGCCAAAGGCUUUUCUGGAGAUGAUGUGGACCGCGAGGAAGUGCUUGCCGUCCUUCAUGAGUCUAUCAUCCUCCCCCUGGAAAUACCAUUUGAUGAAGAGGUUGAGACCAUCAUUUGGUCCUCCCGGAAAAGCCUUGCCACAGUGGUACCAGGGAAGGCGGGGCAACCAGCCUACGUCAUGGUGACGGAUCCUCGCUACAAGGGCCGGGUGAACUUCCCAGAGCCCAGCUACUCUCUGUACAUCAGCAAUGUGACCUGGGAGGACUCGGGAGUUUAUGAAGCUCAAGUCAACUUGAAGACAUCCCAGCUCUUCAGCACGCAGCACUACCAUCUCCACGUCUACAGACGGCUGUCGAAGCCCCGUGUCACUGUGAACUUUGAGAUCUCUGGGGAAGCUGCCUGUAACAUAUCCCUGACCUGCUCCAUAGAGAGAGCAGGCAUGGAGGUCACCUACAGAUGGCUCUCCUCAGGGGACAGCACUGACACAGCCCAUGAAGGGUCUGUCCUCAGAACAUCCUGGAGGCCUGGCGACACAGCUGUUUCUUACACUUGCAAGGCCAGCAACCCCAUUAGCAACACCAGCUCCCACCCCAUCCCUGCUGGGCUCUUCUGUGCAGGUCCUGGCUCUCCUGAACAGACAUCCAUGUUGUGCUUCCUGGCCAAGGGUUUGCUCCUCCUCUUGCUCUUGGCAAUUCUAGCUGUGGGGCUCUGGGUCUUUCGAGUCCAUAAAAAAUGUGAGUUGCCUAAGGUGAGGAAACUCCAGAGAAACCGAAUGAAACUGAGGAAGAAGUGGCAGCCUGGUCCUAGUCCCAUCUGACUGCCCCUUAGAGACCUCGUUCUGAGCACUGCUUCCCUCCCAGCCCACCUGGGGACAGUGGGAGUGAAGACUCUGGGUUGGAUACUCAAAGGGCCCAUACUCCCUGAGGAAAG